CGUACCCCACUCCCUUCACUCUGCCCACCCUGCCCUACCGCGGCUGGCCACCAUGCUUCCUCUCCUGCCCUAGGCCCUUCCUUUGUGAUCAGGCCCUGUCCCUGAUCGCGCCUCUGUCUCCCUUCCUGUUCUCUCGAGGUUUUCUCAGGCUUUCCAGACUUCUCAUGCUGCUCUCCCUCUCCUGCUUUUCUUUCUCUACCAUCUCUUUCCACUUUCUGCAUUCCCCUGUACCUCGUCUACCCCUGGAUUUCUCCGUCCAGAAUCACUUUCUGGUCCCCCAAAUCCCUCCAAUCUCAUGACCCCUUCACCACCCUCCAUCUUUUGUUGUUGUUGUUGUUGUUGUUUUGUUGUUGUUGAGACAGAGUCUCGUUGUGUCCCCCAGGCUGGAGUGCAGUGGCGCGAUCUCGGCUCACUGCAACCUCCGCCUCCCGAUUUCAAGCGAUUCUCCUGCCUCAGCCUCUUGAGUAGGUGCGAUUACAGACAUUCACCACCACGCCGGCUAAUUUUUGUAUUUUUAGUAGAGGCGAGGUUUCACAUGUUGCCCAGGCUGGUCUCGAACUCCUGACCUCAAAUGAUCCACCCACCUCGGCCUCCCAAAGUGCUGGGACUACAGGCGUGAGCCACUGCGCCUGGCCCCCACCCUCCAUCUUUUUUUUUUUUUUUUUUUUGAGAUGGAGUCUCGCUCGGUCAUCCAGGCUGGAGGGCAGUGGCGCGAUCUCGGCUCACUGCAAGCUCCGCCUCCUGGGUUCACGCCAUUCUCCUGCCUCAGCCUCCCGAGUAGCUGGGACUACAGGCGCCCGCCACCGCACCCGGCUAAUUUUUGGUAUUUUUAGUAGAGAUGGGAUUUCACCGUGUUAGCCAGGAUGGUCUCCGUCUCCUGACCUGGUGAUCCGCCCACCUCGGCCUCCCAAAGUGCUGGGAUUACAGGUGUGAGUCACCGCGCCCGGCUCACCCUCCAUCUUUUAACUGUUUCCCCAUGUCCCUGUUCCUAAUAGCCUCUCUCUAUUUCCUGACUUAUCUUCCCAUUAGCUGUGACUCCUUCGACUUCAUCUUACCCCUGUGAUUCCUUAUCUGACCAAACCUUUUCCAAUCUCUCUCUGCUCACUUAUUUUCUCUCAUCUUCUCUCUCUCUUUUAAGAGACAAGGUCUCACUCUCUUGCCCAGGCUGGGGCACAGUGAUGCAAUCAUAGCUCAGAGUAACCUCCAACUCCUGGGCUCAAGUGAUCCUCCUACCUCAGCUUCCCUAGCAGCUGGGACUACAGAGAUGAGGGUCUCACUUUGCUGCUCAGGACACCAUGGAUACCCAGGGACCAGUCUCCCAGCCUUUUCAGCAGCCUGAGAAACCUGGUCGUGUCCGUCGUCGGAAGACUAGGCGGGAACGUAACAAGGCCCUGGUGGGCAGCCGCCGGCCAUUAGCCCACCACGAUCCUCCUGUGGCCAUUCGGGAUCCACCUGUGGUCCCUACUGCCUCCAAGCUCGUGGUCAUAACCCAGGGCCGGCUGAGCCGGGAGCACCGGGGUCUCUUCAACCACGAGGUGAAAUCCCUAGAUGUUGCAAGGCUGCUUAGCAGUGGGACCCUGGUGCCAGGCAGCCCCACACUCCCCGCCAAGCCCUCCCCAAGCCCAGGCAGGGCCCAGGAACCAGCCCCGCAGUCCAGGGACAAAGAGAACCAGGUGCCUGGAGGUUCGGGCCCAGGCCCACCCAGUUCCCCAGAGUUGUCUGGCGUGGGGCAGCUGCUGGCAGAGCUGCAGUGUCAGCUGAGUUUGCCACAGGCCUUCCCCCGGAGGAACCUGAUUCAGGAUGCCAGGGAUGCCAUCGUGCACACCUUGCAGGCCUGUCAUGGUUGUGUGCCUGACCUUGCCCUGGUGCUUCAGGGCUGCCAGCCACCCUUGCCAGGGGCCAAGCCUGGGGUCUCUGAGAGAAAGAUGACACCCUUCUGGAUUAAUAGCCCUGAUCAAGUCCCAGAGCAGGAGAGGCAAAGGAAGCAACAAGGGACAAAGGAGUUCACCUUCCCCAUGCCCUACACCUCCAGCAUGCCCACUGCACACAGGGGGAGUCUGGCACCGCCAAGAGGUCCCUGGCCACCACACUUUCCCUCACUGUCUUCGCCAUCUGGAACAGCCUGGGGUCCCCCAACAGCGUUUGACUUGUUAAAAAGCAUCUGGCUGGUAGCCACGCCACCCCCUCCUCGGCCCUGGGGGGUUGGCCUCCCUCAGCCCCUGCCUCAGCCUUCAUCACCCCUGUUGCCCCGAACCUCUGUCCUGGACUGGAGCCCCAGCCCCCCUUCCCCACUGCCCAGCCUCUCCUGGGUAGUGGCCCAGAGCAGUCCGGAAGCCUGGUCUUUUCCACCCAUGAGACUGUACUGAGGAGAGGCUGAGGCUAGGGCUGGGGACAGAUAUCUUGUACUCCCAGUGACCUCAAUAAAGUACUUUUCAUGGUCCUCUUGA